GAAAUUGAUAUUUCAAAUUAUUACACAUGUUAUUUGUUAGGAUGAAUACACUGUAUUUGAUAAAUGUAUAUAUGAUAAAGAACUCAAACUCUGUAAAAUGAUCCACAGAUCUUCAAUAUAUUAUAAAUAAUAUAAUAUUAGCUUCGGCAAAGCCUGCCUUCUCAGGCAAAGCUGGCUGGUUUCUAAAAACUGAAAUCACGGGACUAAAUUGAAACGAAAGACGAAAUUAUUCCAAGAGGGAGAUUUAGAUUUGGCGUCCUUAUUAUUUCAACUCCUAAACUCAAAAUCAGUCUUCACCGUCGUUAGCACUGUGGUGUGAAAACUGAAGAUCAGUCUACUUUGGGAGAACUGUACGUUAACAAGAACCAUGUUGGCCUCACAGAGGGAAAAACGUGCCACAGCUGGCAACAAGAUGUCAAAGUUGUUGGAGGCAGAGGACGAGGACGAGUUUUACAAGACUACUUAUGGGGGUUUCGAUGAGGAAGAGGAGGACAGAGACUAUAAUUCCUCACAGUCUGACUCAGAUGAUGUCAUUGACUCUGACUUCAGCAUAGAUGAAAAUGAUGAGGUCAAAAGUGAUGAUGAUGGUGAUGACAAGCCAAAGAGGAAGAGAAAAGGAGUCGUUACAAAAGCUUACAAGGAUCCUAAAGGAGACAAAGCACCAGAGAAGAAGCCUCCUGUAAAGAAGGCAAAGAAGGAAAAGCCCAAAGAAGUUCCUUCCACUGUACAGAUUUAUGUUUCUCCAGAGAGAAAAUCUGUGCGUCGCUCGACUGCCUUGAAGUCUGAAGCAGCUCUAUCCCGACAAAAACUGGACCUUCAGAAGGACAAGAUGCUGAAAGACAUGGCAGCCAAGAAGAAUGUGGCCAGUAUCCGGCGCAUGACGCAAGAGGAGCUCCUGGAAGAGGCAAAAGUUACAGAGAUUCAGAACAUGAAAAGCUUAGAGAACUAUCAGAAGCUUGAACUGGAGAAGAAGCGGGCCCGUGUUGUGAAGCAGGCAUACCAGGGUCCCAUUAUCAGAUACCACUCCCUGACGAUGCCUCUGAUUGAUGAGUUGCCGUAUGAACCGGACGUGGACGUUGACUCUGAGGAUGUGGCAGAGACGAAGAAGCCCGACUUGACGGUGGAUGAGAAGUGUGAGAGGACGUUCAUCACCUUCACGGAUGAAACGACCUUCAAAGAAGUUUUCUCGCAAGAAAAAUGCAAGCCGCCCUCCAAGACUAUGUGUGCUGUGACCAAACUGCCAGCAAAGUACUUCGACCCGAUCACUCAGACCCCGUACGCCAACGCUCAGGCGUUUCGCUGUAUACGCGAGGCGUACUCCCGACAGCUUGAAGCUGAGAGCAAGGCCCGUUCUUCCAGCCCUUCCCUCGGUACCUCAGGACAGUCGAGGAAGAAAGAGAAGACGGCCGGCUCACCUCAGGUCGUCUCUGUCACUUCCUGACCCGACUGACGGAACAGAAUAUACUAAAAUUAGAUUUUAUGACUGUAAUGCUCAUUCUGCUGCAUCCGACCUUGAUUGAGCUGGUGGUUGGAGGGUGCUUCUGGCAGGGGCCUCCUUCUGUUUUGUCACUCUGUAAUUUCUGUCUGUCGUUCUUUUUUGCUUUUCCCCCUUGCACCCAAUGAUGGUUAUUGAAUCAAUAGGCUUGUAUUUAUCCAAGCGAACCAACCAGUUAAGAUGAAAACCAUCACUGCAGCACAGUUCAUUGAACAAAAUGAGUAUUGUCUUUCUUCCAUAUUGUUUGACUCACUGAACACCAGGCCGCGAUUUGCCUCCAAACGCCAGGGAACCACCCAUUUUACCCACUUUUUAAAAAUUCA